AAGAACUACUGAACAGCACAUGCCAGAAGUUGAGGUCCAGGUCAAACACAGAAGGACAGCCUCACUGAACAACCGAGAGUGUCACUUGUACCCACGACGUUCUCAGCAACAGCAAGUUCCUGUGGUGGAUUUCCAGGCAGAGCUGAGAUAGGCUUUCUUAGCUGAGACACCAAGAGGUGGUUAAAGCAGUAUUGCAAAUUCAAGGUGGUGGAAGUCAAGGAAAACAGGACCCAUCCACUGUUUGUGAAAUUUUGGUCAAGCUUACAUUGUGUGUUAAUAGUGUGAAUCAAACCUUUAUUUAUAGCCCUCCUCCAACUAUUAAGGAUCUUGAAAUUUUAGUGUUGACAACGGCUAUUGUGGAACAGCAAUCAUGACUGUGGGUAAGAGUAGCAAGAUGCUGCAGCACAUUGACUAUAGAAUGAGAUGUAUCCUGCAAGAUGGAAGAAUCUUCAUUGGCACGUUUAAGGCUUUUGACAAGCAUAUGAAUUUGAUCCUCUGUGAUUGUGAUGAGUUCAGGAAGAUCAAGCCAAAGAAUGCAAAACAACCAGAACGUGAAGAAAAACGGGUUUUGGGUCUGGUCUGGCUACGUGGGGAGAAUUUAGUUUCCAUGACUGUGGAAGGUCCACCUCCUAAAGAUACUGGCAUUGCUCGUGUGCCUCUUGCUGGUGCGGCAGGUGGCCCUGGGGUUGGAAGAGCAGCUGGCAGAGGAGUACCAGCAGGUGUACCUAUUCCCCAAGCUCCUGAUGGAUUAGCAGGCUCUGUCCGAGGAGUUGGAGGCCCAUCCCAGCAGGUCAUGACACCACAGGGAAAAGGUACUGUUGCAGCUGCUGCUGUUGCUGCUACUGCCAGUAUUGCAGGAGCGCCAACCCAGUACCCACCAGGAUGGGGAACUCCACCUCCACCUGUAGGCAGAGCAACCCCACCUCCAGGCAUUAUGGCUCCUCCACCUGGUAUGAGACCACCCAUGGGCCCACCCAUUGGCCUUCCCCCUGCUCGAGGGACACCGAUAGGCAUGCCCCCUCCUGGAAUGAGACCCCCUCCACCAGGAAUUAGAGGCCCACCUCCCCCAGGAAUGCAUCCACCAAGACCCUAAGACACAGUUGAUAAAUUUCAGCCCUUCUCUUUCCCUAUAAUGCUUCUUGUGAAAUUGUGUCGCCUGCAAGCUUUUUGACCCCUCUUACUGCAUUAACUGUAGAUAAUAAAUACAUAGAGCAAUUCAA